UCUCAUAUUACCGGACAAGGAAGUAGAUUUCAUGUCACGUGCUCAAAGUACCCCACCACCGCUUAGUCAAUAGCCCUCCUCCCGAUUGGGGCUAGCGGGUUUUGGGGGGUUUCGAAUGCCCACAACCUGCAACAUUGAGAGAGUGUGUCUUCGCUCAAUCGACGAAAGGUGACUUUUUUACACCUCAAUCACCCAUCCCGACGACAACCCCGGCAGCGGCCAUCCACCCAGCAAAGUAUUCAAGAUGGUCAACCUGACGACUCAGAAGCGCCUUGCCGCGUCCGUUUUGGACUGUGGCAAGAACAAGAUCUGGCUGGACCCCAACGAGGUGUCCGAGAUCUCCAACGCCAACUCCCGCCAGACCAUCCGCAAGCUUGUCCAGGAUGGCCUGAUCAUCAAGAAGCCAGUCACCAUGCACUCAAGAGCACGCGCUCGGGAGCUUAACCUCGCCCGACGGAUCGGCCGGCACCGUGGUUUCGGAAAGCGCAAGGGUACCGCAGAUGCCCGUAUGCCGACUCAGGUCGUCUGGAUGCGCCGCCAGCGGGUUCUCCGUCGGUUGCUCGUCAAGUACCGCGCCAGCGGCAAGAUCGACAAGCACCUUUACCACGAGCUUUACCACUCCGCCAAGGGUAACACCUUCAAGCACAAGCGUGCGCUUGUUGAGCACAUCCACCGUGCCAAGGCUGAGAAGCAGCGCGAGAGGCUGCUCAAGGACGAGAUGGACGCCAAGCGUGCAAAGACCAAGGCUGCCCGCGAGAGGAAGUUGGAGAGGCAGGCGGCCAAGAGGAACGCCCUUGCCGGCGAGGCCGAGGAGUGAAGGGGACGGAACCGAGGCAUGCAACACACAAAAACUCUCGAGGGGAAAACCUUAGAAUCACAAAGGCAGUCUUCUCUUCACUGAAUGAUGACGGACUGGCGGCCUGCAUUCGGAGUAAUCGGUUUUGGGUCCUUUUUCUUAGUAUCGCCAAUGAGCUCUUCGCCUGGGUCUGUUUUCUCUUUUUUACUACAUUUUCGAGCAGUUUAACGCAACAUGGAACGGUUUGUGAUGGACGGGGAAAGGGGUCUGAUAUCUCUUUUUUAUUCUCCCUCAUCAUACCAGGGACGGCAUUGAAAAAAAGGAAGGGGGAACAAAAUGCAAUGAUGUCCAAGCUGUACAUGAGGUUUUUUAUAUGCUCAAAUGUGGUCUGGUUACGUCGGUUUCACCUGGCCGUGGCGUGUAUGAGGAAACGAUCUGGGUACAGCGUGGCUUGACUGAAUGUUAUAGCACCUUGACAGCUUCGUGUGAAUGUGAAUUGCGUUGGAACC